AUGAGUAAAUUGAAGAAAAAGUUUAGGAUUGCUUAUUUUAAAGGUUUGAAAUCAAAAGAUGAUUUAGUACAAUAUGCUGAAAAAAAUGUUGUCAAAGAUCACUGGCUCGAAUAUCCUGCUGUUCAAAGGCUUUUACAUGAUAAAAUGGUAGCUUUUGUUGAAAAAGAAACAAGCGAACAAACUAAUGAAACAGAAGAAGUGGAUCAAGCUGAAACAAAUUCAACAACAACGCAGAGAGAAGUUCAUACAAGUAUGGAAGCAAGCAGUGAUGAACAAUCAAAAGUGAAGAGCACACGUUCAAACCUGGAAGAAAGAUCAAGUGAAUUAAUAGACAUUGAAAAUGCAGAUGGAGAAAAAGCUAAGAAAAAACGAAAACAUAUUCAUGAGCCAACAGAUGAAGAGAAAGAAAAUCUGCCAACAUUAGAAAAGAAAAAAGUUAUAAAGCCUGUUCGCACACAAAAUGAAUUCAAUGAUGCAUUAUCACGAAAUUAUCAAGUUAGUGGCAAAAGAAGACGAAAAUGA